AUUAACAAUCGCAUUUACUCAAAAAAUACCAGAUUAAACCAAUUGUACAUACAGUGCAUAGUUAAUAAGACAUUUACUUAUAGCACACGUGAAGCGCUUUUAACUUGGGCUGCAUCCGAAAACAUAGGCAGCUGACUUGCUACCUUGCUGCCUAAUCAGUUAAUGGCUUUACUGACAGCUGUUUUGAAUGAAUGGAACUCUUAAGGAAACUGAUCUCCGAACAGUUUGAAAAGCACCUUAUUUUCAUCCUACCUCUGUAUACAGCCUCCGGAGGCAGCAUUUUCCUGGUUUUGGACGCAGCCUUGAAUUUGCACUCAAGCGCUCGUGCGGAUCCAGCAAGAGCAGCAGCAAUUUCCUGACAGUUUAUUCAGCCUGGAUUGCCUGCUUUGAUUGACACGGAGUGACCGUCAUGAUUUGUGAAUCAGAGGAAUUGAUUCUGGCUGUUAGAGUACGUGCUUCAGAGGAAGAUAUUAGAUGAGAGCUCAACGGGAAGAAAAUGCUGGAUUUUCGUGAGAAAAGUUACAGGGAAAUGUUGAGGAGAGGCUGUUAGAAUACGUGCUUCAGAGGAAGAUUUAUGAGCGCUCCGCAGGACACUGGAUCUGCUCAAGUUGUGUGAGAUGAGCUCUUGCAGCAGCAGGGCUCUGACUCUGCUCUCCACAGUGUUUGGGGCGUGUGGACUGCUGUUGGUGGGGGUUGCCGUGGCGACGGAUUAUUGGCUGCUGAUGGAGGAGGGCAUCGUACUGCAGCAGAACCAAACAAUCGACAUCAAGAUGGCAUUGCACUCUGGGCUCUGGAGAGUGUGUUUCAUAGCAGGUUCAGAAAAAGGUAGAUGUGUCGCCUCUGAGUAUUUUACAGAACCAGAGAUUGAAAUUACCACAGAAAACACAGCAAAUAUCCUAAAGAUGGUGAGGACAGCUACACCCUUCCCUAUGGUGUCUCUUCUCUUCGUGUUCAUGGCCUUCAUCAUCAGUAAUGUGGGCCACAUCCAUCCCCAGCGCACCAUCCUGGCCUUCGUUUCUGGAAUCUUCUUCAUCCUCUCAGGGCUGAGUCUGGUAGUUGGGUUGGUGUUGUAUAUCUCCAGUAUCAAUGAUGAAGUAAUGAACAGGCCACGGGAGCCAGAGCAGUUCUUCAACUACCGAUAUGGCUGGUCCUUUGCAUUUGCUGCCAGCUCUUUCCUGCUCAAAGAGGGUGCCGGUGUGAUGUCUGUGUAUCUCUUUAUGAAGCGUUAUGCAGAAGAGGAGGUGUACCGGCCUCACCCAGCUCUUUAUCGCCCCCGCCUUUCUGAGGGCAGUGACUACAGCGGCCAGUACCUGCACUCAGAAACCUGGCCUCCCCCCCAGCGUGCACGGAGUGCCUCUGAGAUCUCCAGCGACAUCUCCAUCCAGCUCACUCAGAACCUCCAGCCCCCACCAAAGUCCAUAGUCCAACAGAGCACAUCAUCUCCGGGAAUCACUGCUGCUUCCAGCCCCAACUCUAGAGCUGGCUACCAGCUGUCAUCGCCAGGUUCUGCAGCCCCAUUCCACCACAACCAUCCUCUCCACCCUGGGGCACCUGGAACAUCUGCAGCAUCCCAGACCCUGCCUCUGUCCACAUCACCCGCUGCAGUGCCACCCCCACACUAUCACACACACAUGCACAUGAGCGCCUCUCCAUGCUAAAGGAGAAGAGAAAGUUCAGAGAGUUUUCUGAUUGUUUCUGAGGAAAUGGUGUAGGUUUUUAUGAGAAAAGGAAGAGGAAAAAAUCCUGUUUGUAACAAAAGGACUGUUUUUAAGAUUGAAUUUGUGAAAUUGUAGCAUAUUAAACAGCACAUGUAUCUAAUGGAGGUUAUUGCACAACGCAAAACACUUUGACAAUCUCGCACACCACAACUGAUUUAUACUUAGGCUUACAUGUAGAGCACAUAAGAGAAAUGUAACUAUUGCCUUUACUUCUACAGAUACUGAAGAUAUUCUUGAACUCAAGCUAUUAUUUCUCAUCAUGGAAUCUGUGAAGUGUUAGUUUUAGUAUUUAUAUUAUUAUCAAAUGCUAAAGUGAGAAUUACUUAUAUGGUAUGGACAGGGUAUGGACAAAUUUCAGUUUGUUUGCAUUUUGAAUAACAGAGAUUCAUAAGUGAGUCAUAAGCCUGAGAAUUUUCAAUAGUUGAGAAAUAGUGAAUAUUUCUGGUGUAAAUAUUGUGUUGCUACUGUUGUUUUUGGCAGUGAUUUUUAUUCACUGCCUAUCUGCAAGAUGUUCAGAAAUUUGUUGAAAACUGUAACGAAAUUAAAAUUAUU